UUGACACAAAGCCAGUGAGUCUGGUCUCUAUGGCGAUGUGCAUAUUGAAAAUAAAUUCCACUCAAAAAACUGUGUAGUACGUGUUUGUGAUAUAACUUAAGUGUAAUGUCAAGGCAGCUACAGUUGAGGAGAGAAGACUGGUGCUAUAGAGUUCAAAAAAUAUGCUGAAUGCAUAGACUUGUGUUUUUUAAAGCAUUAAGAAGGCUCUUCAGCUUACCUAUAGAUAAGCCGUUCAGGAAUCAAUCUUUCGUUGGAUCUGCCCAGACUUGCUGUUUUAGAUUAUACACCCGCAUUGUACCUCCUCGUACCAAGUGCGUCUUUUCUGGGCCUGGCAACAGCUGCCAUCAGACGCAAGCAUCUCAAGCCCUCAGCCUCUCGGUCCCCUACCUCAUCCGCAUUGACCCAGCAGGCAUGGCAGAGCAACGGUACUGUGUGGAGUACGCAAAGCGCGGCACCGCCGGCUGCAAGAAGUGUAAGGAUAAGAUCAUGAAAGGCCUCGUACGCAUUGGCAAGAUUGUACCUAACCCCUUCAGCGAAUCAGCUGGGGAGAUGAAAGAGUGGUAUCAUGUGAAGUGUAUCUUCGAGAAGCUUGAGCGUGCCAGGGCAACCACAAAGAAAAUUGAAGACAUUACAGACCUGGAGGGCUGGGAGGAGAUAGAGGACGAGGACAAAGAUCUCAUCAACAAGCACAUUGCCGAAUUGGCUGCUAAGACAAAUGCAAGUCCAAAGAAGAAGGUGCAAGCAAAGCUGAACAGCAGUGGACAGUUAACAACUCCCCCGCCUGAACCAUCCACCAACGCUCCUCGGAAGUUCUCCGGCUUCACGGCUACCAAAGCCGGCACCACCAGCAGCCCCAGUGCCUCUCCUGCCAAAGCUGAUCAAGGGAGCAAGCUGUCCGCUCAGAUGUGUGAUCCCAGCCACAAGGACUGUCUGUUGCGGGAGUUCCGCAAGCUGUGCGCCAUGGUGGCUGAGAAACCCAGCUACAAUGUCAAAACGCAGAUCAUUCAGGAUUUCCUUAGGAAAGGGUCUGGCGGAGAUAAGUUUAGGGGGGACCUGUACCUGACAGUGAAGCUGCUUCUCCCUGGCGUGGUCAAGAGUGUGUAUAAUUUAAAUGACAAGCAGAUAGUGAAGCUGUUCAGUCGCAUAUUCAACUGCAACCAGGAGGAGAUGGUACGCGACCUGGAGCAGGGAGACGUUUCUGAGACCAUUCGUAUCUUUUUCGAGGCGAGUAAGUCCUUCCCUCCGGCGCCAAAAAGUCUCCUCACUCUCCAGGAGGUGGACACCUCUUUGACGCGUCUAGCACAACUCACCAAAGAGGACGACCAACAGAGAGAGCUGGAACUCAUAUCCAAGAAAUGUACAGCAAAUGACCUUAAAUGCAUCAUAAGACUUAUCAAGCAUGAUUUAAAAAUGAAUGCUGGAGCUAAGCACGUCUUAGAUGCUGUGGAUCCCAAUGCUUACGAUGCGUUCAAGGCCUCCCGUAACCUUGGCGACGUCAUUGAUCGAGUGCUGCAGAACCAGCAGGAAUCAUCCAAUGGCUCGGGACCAAAGAAGAUCCUGAGUGUAGAGGCGUCCCUCAUGACUCCUGUCCAGCCCAUGUUGGCGGAGGCGUGCAAGUCGAUAGAGUAUGCGAUGAAGAAGUGCCCCAACGGGAUGUAUUCUGAGAUAAAGUACGACGGGGAGCGGGUUCAAGUACACAAAAAUGGGGACCACUUCAGUUAUUUCAGCCGCAGUCUCAAACCGGUGCUGCCACACAAAGUGAACCAUUUUAAAGAGUUCAUUCCCCAGGCCUUUUCUGGGGGUCACAGCAUGAUUCUGGAUGCGGAGGUGCUUCUGAUUGACACCAACAGUGGCAAACCCUUGCCCUUUGGCACUCUGGGCGUGCACAAGAAAGCUGCCUUCAAAGAUGCACAAGUGUGUUUAUUUGUGUUUGACUGUAUUUACUUUAAUGGCGUGAGCUUGAUGGACAAACCCCUUUGUGAGAGAAGAAAAUUUCUCCAUGAUAACAUGGUCGAAGUGCCAAACAGAAUAAUGUUCUCUGAAAUGAAGCAUGUUACUAAAGCAGGAGAUCUAGCGGAAAUGAUCACCCGUGUCAUUCGCGAGGGACUGGAGGGACUGGUCCUAAAGGACGUCAAGAGUCCAUACGAACCAGGAAAGAGACACUGGUUGAAGGUGAAGAAGGACUACCUGAAUGAAGGGGCUAUGGCAGACAGUGCAGACCUUGUGGUUUUAGGGGCUUUUUAUGGAAAAGGGUCCAAUGGUGGGAUAAUGUCCAGUUUCCUAAUGGGCUGCUAUGAUCCUGCAUCAAAGAAGUGGUGCACAGUGACCAAGUGCUCUGGUGGUUAUGAUGAUGCAACACUGGCCCGACUGCAGAAUGAGCUAGAUGUGAUCAAAAUUAGCAAGGACCCCAGCAAAAUCCCAAGCUGGUUGAAAAUUGUUAAAAAUUAUUAUCCAGACUUCAUUAUCCGGGACCCAGAAAAUGCCCCAGUGUGGGAGAUCACAGGAGCAGAGUUCUCCAAAUCUGAGAUGCACACUGCCGACGGCAUCUCCAUACGCUUCCCCCGAUGCACUCAAAUUCGGGAUGACAAGGACUGGAAGAGUGCCACAAAUCUCCCCCAGCUGAAGGAACUGUACAGAAUUUCAAAGGAAAGGUCUGACUUUGAGGUGAAGGCAGGACCCUCGAAGGAUAGCAGCAACAAGAGCUCCUCAGGGGGUGACAGUGGGGAGAACUCUCCAUUGCCUUCAUCUCGUGCCCCAGUAACAUCCAGCAAGACUGGAACUAGCAAUAACCCCAAAGCAAAAGCAGUGAAGACGGAGAGUCCCUCAUCAGCAGCCAAAAGGAAAAUGCCAACAGAAGAACGCGGCGGGAAAAAGCCGAAAAAGUCGGAGCCCGUGAACAGCAAUGGUCAAAGCAAGUUGAAAGCCGGACUUCCUCAAACUGCAGGACCCAUGAAGGAAAAGACCUUACUGGACAUAUUCAGCGGCGUGAAACUCUUCAUGCCCGAGUCGGUACAGGACUAUCAGAAACUGAGAAGGUAUUUUGUGGCUUACGAUGGAGAUCUGGUGGCAGAUUAUGAUGCCACCUCGGCUACACACACCCUGGGAGAACCUGAGGAGGACAGCGAGACGCGGAAGGUUACCACCAACUGGAUCUGGGAGUGCAUUCGGAAACGCAGAGUUGUACCUCCAUGCUAACCACUCUGUAUCCAAAGUUAAAGAGGAGAGAAUUGGGUCUCAUAAGCUUCUUCAAAUUGAAUUUACUCAAAAUGUACAGCAAAGGCCAGUUUUGCUAUCCAGGACUUGUGGAAGAUUCAUUAGAUGACUGAGAUUUGACAAUUUUGCUCAUAUCACGGUGUAUGGAAAGCAUUGUACCUACUGAUGACAUGCAGUAGUAUGUGGCAUUUGCUAAGUUGUUAAAUGCUAAAUUUACAUUUGUUUUACUUUAUUUUUUAAGGACAAAUAGGCACUAGAGCUCAUGAGGUACAGUUUGCAUUGUUUUCAUUUGAAAUUAAACUGUAGUUUAUGCAACAUACAGACUGCAUACUGAAGCAUUUUUGUUUUUGCAGUAAACUUCACAACCCAUUGUGAUGAUCAGAACCAACUUAUAUUUUUGCUUAUUAUGACAGAUGUGGACUUCAGACUGUUGUACCAUACACAGUAAGCAGGUAAACUCUCCCUGCACUUGACUACAUAUUUUUCUCAUGACUAUGAAUGUCUGAUUAUCUGAUAUCCAGUGUGAUGCAAUUAGUGACAGUGUUUUUCAGGGUUUUAUUAUUUAUAGAAUAAUCAUCCACAAUUUUUAAUCUUAUCUUUUAUACUGAGGUGCUUGUUUAAUUCAUGUUCUUGCUUUCCACGUGGUCUGUUGAUUUUUAUACCGGGUGAGGUCUUUCAGCCUUGAGUGGGACUGAGAUGAGUGUCUGCAUUACAAUAUAUCAAAUUUUCAGCUUGAAAACCCAUUAGUAUUAAUCCAGGAAAGAGUUGCAUAAUGCUGAAACAAGAGUGAUAGAAUUGAUAUAGAUGUUAAUAACAUUUUUUCAGUUAAUGACUUAUCUUUCGUAGCCCUUUGAACAAUUCAUUAUUUAGGAUUAGUAAACCCAAUUUAUUUUGGUUUCUGAAAGAAAAAUCCCACAUUGUG